CAGUACACAGAACUGCGCGUAAAGAUGGCAAUGACGGACACAGAGUGGGGGAGCUCAAAUCGAGCCGAGUCUGGGUCCCCAUUCUCUGAGAUAAUUGAACUGAAUGUCGGGGGACAGGUGUAUGUGACACGGCACAUAACUUUGGUCGCCGUUCCAGACUCGCUCCUCUGGACCAUGUUCAGCAAGAAGGCUCCAAAGGACCUGGCGCGAGACGGCAAAGGGCGCUACUUCUUGGACAGGGACGGUUUCUUGUUCCGUUAUAUUUUAGACUACCUGCGGGACCUCAACCUGGUGCUGCCUGAUUAUUUCCCCGAGAAAAGCCGGCUGCAGAGGGAGGCUGAGUUUUUCCAGCUGCGGGACCUGUCUAAGCGCCUGAGCCCCAGUAUGAGCAAAGAGAACUCCAUCAACGAGGAGAUUUGCCCGAGCGACACCGAGGAGGGUGCGCUUCAGUGCGGCACCGGGUCCUCCAGCGUUGGCAUGGAAACUUUGCGCAUGAUGACUGCAAUGAGCAGCGCUCGCUCCCAGUCUAUGGAGUCCAGAAAGUCGGGCUACAUCACAAUUGGAUACCGGGGAUCGUACACUAUAGGGAGAGAUAUCCAAACCGACGCCAAGUUCAGGAGAGUGGCGCGCAUCACGGUGUGCGGGAAAACUUCCCUUGCCAAAGAAGUGUUCGGGGACACUUUGAAUGAGAGCAGGGACCCCGACCGGCCACCGGAGAGGUAUACGUCCCGUUACUACCUGAAAUUCAAUUUCCUUGAGCAGGCGUUUGACAAGCUGACCGAGGUUGGCUUUCACAUGGUGGCUUGUAGCUCCACGGGCACAUGCGCCUACACCAGCAAUGACCCAAACGAGGAUAAAAUCUGGACGAGUUAUAACGAGUAUGUGUUCUGUCGGGACUAAAAUGUUAACAUGGUCACCACCUGAGCCCACCCACUGCCAACAGAAAAUUACUGUUUUGUGUUUACUCGUGUAAAUAGACAUCUCAUAAUUACCACAAAGAGAAUAGGGCCUGCAUAUUUGAUCUUUGACAUUGUCUCCAGCAUAUAUUAUUCAAUGUCAUUAUUUAAAAUCUCUUUACAUAUUUAAUGGGAAAUAGCCACAGACUAUAGGUCAAUACACACUAACCUAGAAUUCCGGAUGUUAUCAUAUGUUAAUUUUCCUUGUGGAGAUGGCUAUUGAAUGAAUGAAUUGAAGGACAUUUUACACACACGCACAUGUAACAGAUGUCCCAUGAAGACAAGAAGACGUGUCAUCCUUGAUAAAUCUCUUGAGUUGUGUUUG